GAUCGAUAGAAAUUUCCUUCUAAAUACAUAUACCUUGGUCCAACCUGCGCCAGCCGUGUGUUUGCAUUUACAUCGUACGAGAUAACGAGUGAUAAGCAUUUUUCGCACACUCUUUUAAUAAUUCAACGUACCGUAAACGAUCGCCGUUUCUCAGUUUGAUCGAAUUCAUCUACCCGUUCUCCCCUCUAGCGACCGAAAAUGCAAAAAAUUGUGUUCUUUGGCGGUACCGGCAUGACCGGCCAAUGUGCAGUUCGAUACGCCCUGAAGAAAGGUUUAACCGUCCGAUUGCUGGUGCGCAACGAAGCGACCGUUCCGGAAGAUUUCAAAGCAAAGGUCGAACUGGUCAAGGGUGAUGUAACGAACGUGGAGGACGUGAAGAAGGCCGUUGCCGGUCAGGAGCUGGUGUGCGUGGUGCUCGGUACGCGCAACGAUCUCAAACCAACCACGGCCAUGUCGGACGGCAUGACGAACAUUAUCACAGCCAUGAAGGAAGCAUCGCUGAAACGCUUUUCCGUCUGUCUGUCCUCGUUCCUGUUCAUGGAACCGGAAAAGGUACCGGCGAUUUUUGUCAACAUUAACGGAGAGCACCGACGCAUGCUGGAAGCGGUGAAGGGAUGUGGUUUGGAGUAUCGGGCCGUACUGCCGCCGCACAUUGCCGACGAGCCGCAGGCAAAGUUUGACACCGCGUACGACAAAUCGCCCGGCCAGUCGAGGUCCAUCUCGAAGCUCGAUCUUGGCCAGUUUCUGGUGGAUUGUCUGUUCGAGGAGGCGCACGCGGGCAAGGUUAUCGGCAUUUGUACGAUUAAGUGAUGCACUCGAGCGGAUGUUGCUCUUGAAAGCUUGUUCUUUGCACGAAAUAUAAUCCACCUCACUUGAGAGAAGAAAUGCAGUUUUGCACCAGCAGCAAAAAAAAA